CGAGCAACUCUGGCAGCGUGAGGACGCCCGUGUGCAUGUGCGUGGCCCAAAAACACAACAACAAACCCGAGUGGCAAUGUGCAAAAAUAAAAAAUCUAUAUAUAUUUUAAAUUGAAUAUAGAAAUCCGAAAAAACCCACACUCACUCACCAAACACACACACACACACACGCGCGCAGGGCCAAAAGAGAGCGCGAGCGAGGCGAGCGGAAAUACUUAAAAAAAAGCUGAAAAGCAAAAAGUGGAAGUAAAAAAGUGGCAGCUAGAAAGUGUGGCCAAAAGUGACAUCACACUCCGGCCAGAAGCAGGAGCAAAAUUGCAAGGAACAUACGAGAAAUCGAGCGGUAUUAUUCGCACGCGUCGACGUCGCUCAAGGUGAGCCCGCGCCACCACCCCCCCAGGCCCCCUAAAACCCCUCGCCCCACCGCGUCCAAAAAUUAAUCUCAACAACUGGCACGACAAGUAGUCGCCGACGAAAAGUCGCAGCCAAGUAUCAACAAAAGGAAAUAAAUUAAAAAUUGUCGCUACGCAGCGAGGCGACAACAACGACGACGACGGAUUCGAUUCGAUAGUGGUUAUAGCGUAUAGCGGUACGGUUACGGUUACGGAUACGGAUAGUGUUUUUUGGCCAGCGAAUCAGCAAUGAAGCCCACUGUGAUGGCGGCAAAUCAGGCGCAAAGCAAUCCCGCCGGCGGCGGCAAUGGUUCGCCCGCCGGACCCGGAGUCAAUAUACCCGUGAACCGCGAGUACGUGAGUGGUGGCUACGGAUCCCCACAGCAGGCGGCACAGAAUACACACUACCACAAUCCCCAGCAAAACGCUUACGGAUCGCCCAGGCAGCAGCACUUCCAGCCGCAACAGCAGGUUCACCCGAAUCAGCAGCCGCAGCAGCAACACUUUCAGCCGACACACUUUGGAUUCGAACCGAACAUGGACAUGGACAACAUGUUCCCGCGCUCGCAUCUGGGCCGGAUGCACGAUCCCUUCGCCGGCUUUGGCGACUCACGUAAGCGGAGCAGUUUGCACGGUCCCAGUGCCCAAGCCCAUGCUGACGAUGACUUUUCAUCCUAUUUCGACGACGCAGACUUUGGAUUCCCCCGCUUCUCCACGAUGGGCCGGCGCGGACGAAUGGCCAGUGGGGCCAACAGCCACAUGGAUAACGACGAUGACUUCUUCAACCGGCUGCCCUCGGAGUUCCGCCAGUAUAUCCCAGAUGGUUUCGGAGCAAGACGCGGUCCGGGAGUGUCCUCUGGCGCGGGACAAGUUCCCCUGCAGCAGCAGCAACCGCCACAGCAGCCACAGACGCAGUAUACCCAACAGCAUCCCCAGCAGCAGCAGCCGCAGCAGCAGCAGCACUACCAGUACGCUGUGCCGCCCCAGCAACAGGUGCCACAGUCGCCAUCGAAGCGUCUCUGUGACGCUGCCAUCCAGACGGAGGACCCGACCGGCCGCUCGGAGGUGGACUGUGCCCCGCCGGCCAAUCUCAACCAGCACGGACUGCGCAACACCGUGGACAUGGGCGUGAAGAGUGCCGCCGAGCAGGAUCAGGGACUGCGCUCCCACUCCGCCCCUCCGCCAGAGCAGCAGCAACAGAACCUGCUCUACCAGCAGCAGCAUCAGCAACAGCCUGGCGCACAUCACCAGCAGCAGUUCGGCACCCAGACCAGUCCGCCCGUCCAGGGUCAGCAGUUCAAGUCCUACUAUGCGCCCCACCAGCAGUCGCAUCCGCAGCAGAAGCAGUCGACCCCGCCGCCAGCCCCACAGACUCCGGGCGGCACCUACAUCCGCACCAUACCCAUCUUCGUGGAGGGUCGCACCGAGCCGAUCAUCAAUGCCCACAAGGAGAUACCCAACCAGAACGCUCCGCCCAGUGCCCAAGCUCAGGCUCAGGCACAGGCACAGGCACAGGCUCACUUUGCCCCACAGCAGCAGCAGAGGCCGACGCCACUGAAUACCCAGCAGGCGCAUCCUGACCAGGAGGCACCGGUUGAGGGAGCCGCCGGGCUACCUCCACAGACGCCCCACACCCUCAACUCGAUCAACAAGAUCCAGGACAUACAGCGCGAUGUUCUGGAACUAAUGGGCAAGGUGGAGCAGUUCAAGGGAACGCGCCAGGAGAAGGAGUACGCCUACCUGGACGAGAUGCUGACCCGCAACCUGCUCAAGCUGGACACCAUCGACACGAACGGCAAGGACAGCAUUCGCCUGGCCCGCAAGGAGGCCAUCAAAUGCAUUCAGGCUUCCAUAAAUGUGCUGGAGGCCAAGGCCGAGGAGAACGCUAGGGCGGCGUCGGGAGCAGCAGCCCCGACAUCGGUCGAACCAGUGGAUACGGGUGCAGUUGCUGCCCCAGAAGCCGCUGGGCAAGUUGCGGAGCCAGUGACUCCACAGCCACAGGAUGCUACCAAGAUCCAGGAGCCCAUCCCUCUGCCGCCGCCACCAAGUGCUGCUGUGGAAGGAGGAGCAGCUGCUGCCGAAUCCACCGCUGAGGAGCCCGCUGCUCCCGGAGAGGCCACUCAGGUCACCGCGCAGAGCGAGACGACCACCACGACGUCGGAAUGAUGAACACAACGCCUUUACAAGGCGACCGUUUCGAAGCAGCUACGUAAAUUAACCAAAUUCAAGUGACAACAGGCGGCGGAGGAUACCGACUCAUCAAAGGAUAGCGACAGACUUGAUUUUACUGAAUUCAAAGUGAAUGUGAAUUGGAUGUGAUUGUGGAUGUGAAUGUGACAUGAAGGAAUAAGAGCUGGCAACGAAUCUUUGCUAGUAUUUCGUAGAAGCACACCCACAAUUUAAACAUGCAAAUCUCAUCACCCACUCAUCAUACCACACACACAAACACACAACCACACAGCAUAGAUUAUAGGCUAGUAAGGAAAUUAAUUUUGAGAAAAGUGCCUGCAUAGAAUUCGGAAGUUAACAGAACGAAAACGAUUUGGCAACGAGCGUUGUCCCUCACUUAAAAGAGCUGAUUAUGUUUAAGCGGAUAGAUCACCACGAAGUUUUUAUACGUUAAUUGUGCAGCAAUGGGCAGCAAGCCGCCGUAUGAUCUCAUACAAAUCUACAGCAAUCGCGCUUGCUUGCCACAGUCACAGCAACCGCAUCCAAACACUCGGCUUUGCUGCAGGUGAAUUGUUAAACAAAGGCAAACACUUCUAGAAGAACUAUGAUAACUAUUUAUGCUACUAAUUAAUGCGAAAAUAAAUGUAGAUAUUGUUGACCAUAA